GGCCUCAUAAAAUUCCGCGAGACGGUUAUAUAGAACCGGUGCGAACCGGCUGAUUCCCACCACUGCUGUAUUUACCCGUAUUUAGACUUUUAUAAAAUGAGUGUUUUGGCGAGACGACACAAACACAAAUAGUCGAUUAGCCUUACGGACUAAGUCUAAAAGUGUACGAUCUGAAUCUGGUGUGCUGUUUCUACAGCUCUAGAAAAUUAUUAUGGCAGAGAAAGUUGAAAACCGUAGCAGGACUGUUCGCAAAGUUUGGAAGUGUUUCUUCCUGUAUUCCUUCGGUGUUUUCCUACAAUAUGCCGCUUACGGAUCUUUGCUGAAUCUUCAAUCAAGCAUCAAUAUCAUCGAUGGUCUGGGAACUUAUUGUGCAUCCAUAAUCAAUAUAACGGCUGUUCUGUUCACGUUAUUUUGCGUACCUUCUUUACUUCGAAGAUUUGGUGCAAAAAAAUGUUUUUGUUGGUGCGAGUGUACUUACAUAUUAUACACGGUAGCAAAUAUGUAUCCCACCUAUUACACAAUGGUGCCGGCAUCUUUUCUGGUUGGUAUCGGAGAUUCAACAUUAUGGAGUUGUAUGCCUCUGCUAAACUCAUAUUUUGCUACAAAAUAUUCUGCAUUUUCUGGAAAUGGCCAACAGUCAAAAAACGAGUCUAGAUUUUCUGGGUAUUUUUAUUCCAUCGUUCUGGGGGCGAAGAUUCCGGGAAAUAUCAUAACAUACAUUGUUUUGUAUGCUUUCAACACAAAAUCAGAAAAUCCAGUAACUUUAUAUGCCAACAACAUCACAUUUAAUGUCUCAAACGAAGAUAUAAUCAGCCUAAACGACUUUGAACACUGUGGAGCAAAUGAUUGUCAAGAUGCUGUGAUCGUAAGAAAUACACUGGAGCAGUACGUACCAGCGAAUAGAUUGUCCAUUUACAUUUUAAUGGGAAUUUUGACUAUGUUAUGCGUGAUGGCAGUUGUCAUACACUUUGUUUUUAUUCCUGAAACCGGCGAUUACGGCGUGUCACGCCGAACUUCAAAGAUGCAUAACUCUGAUGGGAUCGACGACCAGAAAUUUGCAACCGAAGCAAUCAUAGUCUCGGACCAAAGUUAUGUAUCUUUCGCGUUUACCACUGUGAAAGAUAUCGGAAGACAAGUUGUGGAUUUCAAGCAAAUAUUGGUAACACUCAUCUUCAUCUACCACGGGAUGACAUACGGAUAUAUUACAUCGGAAAUAACAAGAUCAUAUACUACGUGUGCUUUUGGAGUGGCCAUGGUGCCAGUUCACUCUGUUUUCUAUGGUAUCGGAGGGGGUGUAGUUUGCUAUCUAAUGGGAAAACUAGGGAAACAAAUUUCUCGUGAUUGGUUUUUCGUCAUUGCUACGUUGACUGAUAUGAGCAUAUACAUCUACGGGUUACUAUGGUCUUCAGCUACAUUUUCGUCACACUGGUGUUUGGUUCCAAUGUACUUUCUAUUUGGAGGAACACAGGGAAUAUGGAUGUCUAACGGUCAUGUGGUACAAGUAAAUUACUUCCGCGAUCGGCUGGAUGUCGCCUGUCCUGUUUGGAAUAUUUACUAUAUGCUUGGCAUUGCCAUUCAAUUUGCCUGGAGCACAAGACUAUGCGUACGAACAAAAAUCUUUAUUCAGAUGGGGGUGCUGAUUAUGAGCAUGAUUGGAUACGUUAUGGCGGAAACUUUGCAUCGAAGACAAUUGCGAAGAAAUAAGGAAAGUGAGGUGGCUGUUGAAUAGGGAAGGAUGUCAUUCGAUAUUUUGAGCACGUUUAUGAACAGACUAUCUGUGCAAAAGACUGUACAUAAGAUCCUCGAAAAAAUAAGAUAUUUCAGUAUAUAUUUGUUUAUACCAGGGGCGUGCAACUGUUUACCGUGAUGGAGCAAAACGUAAAAUUAAGAUUAGGGCCCGACCACCGAACAGCUCAUUAAUUUUUAUGAAUAAAUCUUACUAUAGAACCAGCAUAUGAUGUAAAUUUAUUCAUUAGGUAAGUGAUUUCCGCUUGAUUUAGAGAUCAUGCGAAUGUCAGAUUUUACUGUGGCCAAUGACGUAAUAUUGCCCUAUCGAAUUCUUGCCGGACGCUUUCACCACCAGUCUUACGGUGCACAAAGUCUCUUGCGGGAUGCGGUAAUCAGUAGGUUCCGUGGCCCACAAUCCGUAUGUUGCACAUCUAUGGUUUAUACUGUUAAUCUUUAUGCACAUUUUUAUAGCGUGAUCAACUACCAUUAGAACAUUUUCACACGGUAGCUGAGAUAACAAUGCUUCAAUAAUAAAAUAGCGAAACUGACUAGCCAUAAUUGCAUUUGAUAUUGUAUAAUUCAAAGUGAUUCAUAUUGCUGCAAAUGUAAACAUGACUGCGUCGUUAAUUUGUAUUUCCUGAAUUAGUUUAUGCUAUUUUGUAUCAUUUUAACAUUAUCUAUUCGUCAUAUUGAGACGAACAUACAUUUUAUUGAGUCAUAAUGUUCGGCAGCAAAGUAUUUUCUUUAAGAUCAUGGUGAACUUUUUUAAUCUUUUAAUUUAUGUCAAGUACUGAUAAUUCAGAGCUGAAAUGCUAUUUGCAAGUCACAUACUAUUACUUUCUGAAACUCAACAUAUACGAACGAACGCCAUUGCCACGCCAUCAUUUUGGUGUGAAUUAUGUUUUAAGAUCGGUUUACUUGUAAUAUCUUCUUAAGUGAGGAAGACCGCUGAUAAAAUCCAAAGGUAGUGGUUUUCACCAGCGGUUUGCUCUCUUUUCUCAUCUGAUAUGUACAGAAGAACUUUUAACCAAAUUUACAUGUGGUACUCCCGUAGUUUGUGGAUAUUGUAUAAAAGGAAUAUAAUCAGACUCUAACAAAUUUCUAAUGUGAUUCAUUGCUAUUUGAAAAUACUUAUAACAGACCUAACACUACACUUUACCAUAAUCAUGCGUUAAUGAUAAACAAGGGGGAAUUUAUGCUCAGAAUAUUAUUAGGCUUAUUCAUACAUUAGCCGAAUAGGUUUUGAUGUAUCGUUAUACUGAUCAUUGUUUUAUUUUGUAUCUUAGCAUACCUAUGGCAGUUCUUUGAGUCCAACAUUAGAUGUGUUUAUACAAUAUAAUAAAGUUUCUUUCAACACGGG